AUGGCCCGGCCAUCCAGCGCAGUAGCCAUGGCCACCGCCAGCAGUCCUUUAGUCACAAUACAUGCACGAUGGGCUUCUGGAGUUUCAUCCAUGAUCUCCAGCCAAAAGCGCUGGAUGUCCGGGACCGUUCCGCUAUCACGGCCGGCGACGGCGACACCAGACAGUGAACCAGCCGCCGCCGCGAGCACGCCCGACAGCACGAUCCCCAAGACGCACUACGACUUCUUCCCCAUCACCCUCCCCGACGGCCCGCCGCCCAAGGGCCACUUCCCCAUCGAUCAGCGCGCCCUCCGCCGCGAGUUCCUCCGGCUGCAGGCCAAGGCCCACCCGGACAUGCACCCGGCGGAGCUCAAGACGCGCGCGGAGGCGACGUCGGCGCGCAUCAACGAGGCGUACAAGACGCUGUCGAACCCGCUCCUGCGCGCGCAGUACCUCCUCUCGCUCCGCGGCGUCGACGUGGCCAAUGAUGAGACGCUGAAGGUCGAAGACCCGGAACUGCUGAUGGUGGUGCUCGAGGCGCGCGAGGAGAUUGAGGAGGCUACGGCCGAGAGCGAGCUCGAGGGCCAGAGGGCGGCCAACGAGGGGCGGAUACGCGCGAGCGAGGAGGUGCUCGAGACGGCGUUCCGGCACGACGAUAUCGAGACGGCCAAGAGGGAGGCGGUGAAUCUCCGGUACUGGGUUAAUAUCCAGGAGAGCCUGAAUAAUUGGGAGGCCGGGAAGCCGAUCGUUCUGCAGCACUAG